UCAAGUUCAAGUUGAACUUAAAAUGAACGGUCAAAGUGUAACGUACGAUGAGUUUUGUGUCCACAACUUACAGUAACAUAACAAGAGUGCAUAACAAAACACCAGAAGAAAAGACAAUGGCCUCGUUUAGACGUUUAAUGCAGCUGCAACGGGUAUUUAGUAAUGUGAAAUUCAGUGCAUGUAAAAAUGGUAUUAUGCCCAUUAGAACGAUGACAUCAGAUAUUCCUAGCUUUUUGGAGUCAACUUUUUCGUGUCCGGAUAUGAAUAUAUUAUCAACAGAGAGAAAAUGUAAAGAAUUUCUGUCUUACUAUGGUCAGUUAACACCAGAAGAUAAAGGGAUGUUUCUUACUUUAUUGUCAGAGAAAUAUGGAGUAAAUCAAGAUAAUGUUACUAGAGUUGCCCAGAGUGUAGCUAUGUCACAGGAAAGAGGUGAGGCUGUAUUAUUAAGUACACAAGAAAGAUUGCGAAACACACUCUUACCCAGAUAUCAGCAACUAUUUCGUCAGAUAGGAAGAAUUGAUGGAGGGGUCAAGUUUUUAGUGGACUUGAGAGCUGAUGUUAUUAGUCGACAAUUGAACAGUACAUCAGAGAUAGCUGUAGCAUAUUAUAGAGCGUUGAAUACAAGUUUACGUGAAUUACUAUCACUGUGGUUUGCUGUUGGUUUUCUAAAUUUACAGAGGGUUACCUGGAUGUCACCAUGUGAUAUGGUACAAAAGAUAUCUGAAUAUGAAGCUGUACAUCCGAUAAGAAACUGGACAGAUUUAAAGCGACGUGUUGGACCAUAUAGACGAUGUUUUGUAUUUACACAUAAUAGUAUGCCUCAUGAACCUGUCGUUGUUUUACAUACAGCUUUAACACAAGAAAUCUCAUCAUCCAUACAUUCCAUUAUACACUCCCCAGGAUUUUGGCCUGGUGGUGUAAAGAAAGAACCAACAGACUCAACUCUGUCUCCGCCCACCAAUGAUGUUUCUUCUCCAAAUAUGGAAAAAGAAGAUCCGAAUCAAAUUAGUGCAGCUGUUUUCUAUUCUAUUACAUCUACAUUGAAAGGUUUACAGGGAGUUGAAUUGGGUAAUUAUUUGAUAAAGAAAGUAGUCCAUGAAGUACAGCAAGAAUUUGACCAUAUAAAACAGUUUUCUAGUCUAUCACCAAUACCAGGUUUUAAAGAAUGGUUAAUAACAGAUCUUAAUCAGAGUAUUCAUGCCAAAGUUAUUGGAGAAGACUUUGGAAAAGAAUUUAUAACAGACAGUGAACAAUCAUUUUUACAACCUUAUAUGAAUUCAUCCCAUUCAUGUGUCUUAGAACUUUUGAAAGAUUUUGUUCAGUCUAAUACGUGGGUGUCUAGAGAAGACUUAGAACGUAUUUUGAAGCCUAUAUUAAUGAGGUUGUGUGCCAGAUAUUUAUAUCAAGAAAAAAGAAGACAGUAUGCAUUAAAUCCAGUUGCCAAUUUUCAUCUUCGUAAUGGUGCUGUUAUAUGGCGAGUUAAUUGGAUGGCCGACAUGUCUAUGAGAGGUUUAAAUGCAUCAUGUGGUAUGAUGGUCAAUUACCGGUAUUAUUUAUCCAGUACAGAAGAAAAUAGUUGUAGAUAUCUAGAGGAAUACCAUAUUGAAGCAUCACAAGAUGUGUUAGAUAUGUGUGCUGGAAUAGUCCCAGGCACUGUGCAAUGAAUGUUUAUUUAGGUUUUUUCACGCAACUUUUAAAAUGCUGCUUGUCACAGUUCUAGAAGUGUGUUCACGUCAGAUUUUUUGAAUGUUGGUAUUUUAUUAUCAAAGACCUUCUAGGAUGAUUGUUCGUUAAUAAUAAUUCAUUAAAACAAAUUGAUGAGAGAAAUCAAACCACUAUAUGGCUGUUUUGGGGUUUGUUUCCGAAUAAUCCCGAUUGUUAUCUCAAGAUCAUAAAAAGCCAAAUCAACAUAUAUUCAAUUAAAUUAACCAAUGUUUCAUAAUAUCCCUUCACUAUGCAGUGAAUUGCAUCCAACAGUCUUUUAGUGAAACUGAUUGUAACGUUUUCCUGGUUAGUGUACUACUUUCAACAUUUUGUAUAGGUGCCCAACCACCUCUGAUUUCGCCCUCCAAAGAACCUAGGGCGAAGUUGAAGUUUCCCUUAUAUCGCUGUAUAUUUAUUGAAGGGCAAAGUUAUUCUCGAGACAGAUUUACCGUACAUAAACAAACACGUGUGACCUAAUGGGAGUAAUGUGAAUAGGGUAAUGUGAAUAAGAUUGGGAGACGUCUUUCUGCAUUUUUAUUUGAGAAACUAGGAAAAACUAUUUUAAAUGUUAUGUUAAAGAUAAUUUAAAUCCAUCUAAAAACAAUAAUAAUUCCAAAUAUAGUCAAGGAAUCUAAUUAUUUUGUCUCCAUUAGAACCUCUAUCUAACUCCAAUAAUUGUAGCCAAUCAGUAACGACCCAAUUAAAUAUGGUGGUGGAUACAAUAUUUUCUUUCUAUGUUGAGAUCUAUCAACAAAAAAAAAGACAGGCUUGUUUUUGUUCUAUAUACAAAGAGACUUUAUACAAAAUGAAUACAAUUCACAGAAAUUUGCAUACAAUGCCAUAAUUUGUGCUUGAAGGACUAUGAAAGCCCAAUAUUCAUAUAUUCAUUCUGAGCGUGGACUACAGAUGUCAACACAUGUUUAUUUUACUUACAUCGACUUACACAAAUGUAGUUCAAGCUUGCACUACCUUGUAUGUAUUAAAGCUAAAGUAAAAGAACAAAUUUGUAUCUAAAUAAAUGACUAAUUUGUCUGUUCUUUAUAA